CAAUGAACAAUAUAAGUAUAAUUACCCCCCGGAAUUGCAAACCGAAUUAAGGAAGUAUACACGUUUAGACAUACCGCAACGUAUCUUCCCCCACUUACAAGCCCACCGAAAAAAAUAGAAUAUUUUUUGUCUAAAUAAUUCUGUGACACAUUUUCCAUGUUUUUUUUUGUUUUAGGGUCAAACGUACUUUUCGGAUGGUGAUUCCGCACAACGCACACACAUUGCACCAAUUAAAAAAAUAUUCCCCCCACAAAUUAAUUAGUAAGCGCGGGAAUGCUGUUCCGAAGUCUCAAUCGCCGAAGAUGCGAAUUAACAAUGAUAAAGUCUUACAAUAUCGGUUGAGAAGUUUCUGCAAUCGCUCAUAAAUAUUGUUGAGUACUUUUCUUUCUACACUAUUACUGUAAUACAACAAACUAUCAUGUCAUAUACUGGAUCCUGUCUCUGUGGAGACGUCACUUUCAAGCUCAAUGGUGAACCAAAGCGUACUAUCACCUGCUACUGUACUGACUGUCGUAAAGGUUCUGGUGCCUUAGGUCAAUUCAUCUCCGUUUACGACACCACCAAUGUUGAAAUCAAAGAUCCAAACUCAAAGGUCGGGGAAUACGUUGUUCAAAAGACCCAAAGUGGUACCCCAAAGAAGAAGCAAUUCUGUACUGGUUGUGGUUGUACCAUCCGUACCUUACCUGGUAAAUACAAGGGUGAAGUUUCUAUGAUGAGACAAGCUUUAUUGGAUGACGAUUUCAAGAACCAUGUUCCUCAAGCCUCAAUUUUCAACGAUGAAAAGGAAAGAUUUACUUCUGGUAUUAAAUCUGAAUUCUACUAAGUAGGUAGGUAGUUAGUUAGUUAGUUGGUUAUUUAAAAUAAAAUUGGGCGUGGUGAUUAAUACACGUUGUAGAGUAACACGCUUUCUUG